UCCCAGCCUGCCCCGCGCGGGCCAACGAGAGCCAGCCCGGUGACUCACCUCUGCCGCGCUAACUCUUCGCAGCUCUCCUCUUCACACACACGCUCACCCCCCUCCCUGUUGGAGAUGGCGGCGGCGGCGGCGGCGGCGGCGGGGGACUCAGAUUCCUGGGACGCGGACACGUUCUCUAUGGAGGACCCGGUGCGGAAGGUCGCGGGCGGCGGCACGGCCGGCGGCGACCGCUGGGAAGGCGAGGACGAGGACGAGGACGUGAAGGAUAACUGGGAUGAUGAUGAUGAUGAUGAAAAUAAAGAGGAAGCAGAAGUAAAACCAGAAGUAAAAAUUUCAGAAAAGAAAAAAAUAGCAGAAAAGAUAAAAGAGAAAGAACGGCAGCAGAAGAAAAGGCAAGAAGAGAUUAAAAAGAGGUUAGAAGAGCCCGAAGAACCUAAAGUGCUAACACCUGAAGAGCAAUUAGCAGAUAAACUUCGGCUAAAGAAAUUACAGGAAGAGUCAGACCUUGAGUUAGCAAAAGAAACUUUUGGUGUUAAUAAUACAGUUUAUGGAAUAGAUGCUAUGAACCCAUCUUCAAGAGAUGAUUUUACAGAGUUUGGAAAGUUACUAAAAGAUAAAAUUACACAAUAUGAAAAAUCACUAUAUUAUGCCAGUUUUUUGGAAGCCUUAGUUCGAGAUGUUUGUAUUUCAUUGGAAAUUGAUGACUUGAAAAAGAUUACCAACUCAUUGACUGUGCUUUGCAGUGAAAAACAGAAGCAAGAAAAGCAAAGCAAAGCCAAAAAGAAGAAGAAAGGCGUGGUUCCUGGAGGGGGAUUAAAGGCCACCAUGAAAGAUGAUCUGGCAGAUUAUGGUGGAUAUGAUGGAGGAUAUGUACAAGACUAUGAAGACUUCAUGUGACAUUCUAUCUUUUCUUGGUGUCUUCUUUCUGUUGCCCACAAUCCCUUCAACAUGUAGCACAACCUCCUUUCCUUUCAGUUCUGCCAAAUGCUACAAUCAGAAGUGCAGUAUCUUUCGUGCUGGUUAUUUAACCCCUUGACACUCAGGUGCUAAUGUGCAAAUGAGGGAACUUGGAUCUUGUUGCCAAGGGGUUAAAAUUGGGAACCUCAGUUGCUACUAAAUCAUAGUUUAAAAACAAAACAAACCUAAUAAUGUUGUCAUUGUUGCUAUCUGAUUCCAUAGCAGCAGUCACUAAAUUGGAAACAAAGGUUGCAACAUGACAAAAAGAUUGUGUAGUAUUUACCAGCACCAUUCAGUAAUACAGCCUUAACCAUACCUCCUUGAACUACUUCAUAACUUGUCAAGAAAAGCAGUUUGCAGCAAGGGCAUGUGAGAUGCACCUAGUAUUAAAAUUGCUUUGUCUUAAAAUUGAGGUGAGGAUAUUAAACAUGUUGUGAAGAAGACUGCUUAUCUCAGAGUGAAGAUACUGUGGCUGAAAAGUACUAGUUUGAUACUUAAGAUUUUAAUGACCAAAACCCUCCAACUUUAAAACUGAAGAAGGUAAACCUCUCCAUAUUACAGUGCAAGUGGUGGACUCUGCAGUGCAUUGACUGUCUAGUUAUUUAUCUGCCUAUUUCUACGGAUGGAGACUUCAGAUGGGGGAGGGAACUCUGUUUCUAUUUGCCUGAUUCAAGUGUCUGAGAAACAAAUCUUGUUCUUCUAGGCUAUAAUGGAAAAACUUUUAACAGGGUUUUGGCAUUUCCUUUUCUUUAUAAAACAUGCUCAGCAAACUGCACCAGUUAACUACAGUUUGGUAAAUUGUUAUGUUAACAAUUAUGACAUCUGCAAUGUUUUAUAAAGCAACUAAUUUAAUAAAAUCACUAUUGUGAGGACUUAAA